AUGGAAACAGAUCGGGUCCUUCGCAUCCCACGAGCUGACAGCCCCGAUGAGGCCAUAUUGAUUAAAGUCUCAAAGUCGGGGAGUCUUGAGCUUGAUCUGAGCUUUGUAGCCACUGAAGGCGAUAAUCCAUACGUAGGGUCUUUGAAAACAACUCACAUCAAUAAGUUACGUGCAAAGGCUUAUCGUGGCAGCGAUGACGAGUGGCAUGGGAUUCUCUCAUACGUAUUCAACCAAGAUGAGAAUGCUAUUAAAUCAAAGGACUGGACCACAGGGUUGGAGGCCGUGGCAUCAGUCAAAUCAGUUGACGAUGAUGAUUCGGAUGAUGAAGGGGCUCAUGAAAUUCUUAUUACCAUUCGAAAACGAAUUGAUUCAAUUACGCAACGGCUUGGUUCAAUCACUCUACAGCAGGACGACGACCAAGCCAUCCAGUUGUUUGAUUGGGCUGGGAUUGCAGUCAUUCGAGGAAAUGCACUCACCCAGGAAAUAUCCUCUUUACGUACGAAGUAUCAGGACGCAGAACGGACAAUCAAUCAACUCAGUACCCAAUUGGAGGAGUUAAUUCAGGCGAAAAAGGAUCACGACGAGCAACUAAUCGCCAAGUUUGCUCUACUGUUGAAUGAGAAGAAGCUCAAAAUUCGCAACCAGCAGCGGCUCCUAGCCACAGCAAAAUUAGAUCCUGUAAAAGUCGCUGAGCUAGAAAAAGCAGUUGCUGCUAAGAAGUCAAGAAACCCCACUGCCAGCAGAAAGUCAAAGCGAAAAGAAGUCCCAAGCGACUCAGAGAGUGAGGAUGCCUUUGACCCUAUGGAUGUCGAUGCAAAAGGAAAAGAAAAAGUAAAAGAGGCCGGCGACAACGCUGAAGAUCAAGAAACUGCGACUGAAUCUGAUAGAGGCUCGACGCCUGAGCCAUUGGAGGACGCGGAAACAGCCUCGGAGGAAGAAGAACCUGCUGGUGCUAGAGUAGAGGAACCCGCCCAACUGCCAUCAAGAGGUAAGGGACGCUCUGCUGGCCUAUCUGGAGAUAAAAUAGAGAAGGGCCCUAGUCGUCCUGCGGCACCAAAGCCUCCGUCUAGUCCGCCUCCACGCCGUGAAUUACCCUUCGCACGGAGGGGAGGCGCCUCCAAGCCGGUACCGGCUACAGAGAAUAAACCGGAUGAAAAUGAUGUUGAGACUGAGAGCGAUGAUGAAUUAUAA